AUGUCUGGCUUUGAGAUAGCAGGGCUGGCUCUGGGCGCCUUUCCACUUGUCUUGGAGUGCGCGAAGGAGCUUGACGGACUAGCGAAGAAGUUCGAGUUUUACUGGGAAUUUCGGACCAAAUUCGAAUCCUUCAUCGAUGAUUUGAAUCUCCAGCGCAUAAUUUACGACUUGAAUGUCACGCGUUUACUUGCUUCUCUCGAUAUAUCUGACGCCGAGCGUCGGAAACUCCAAAGUGGUACCGAGCCUUCUCUCUGGGACGAAGAACACAUCGAAACAGAGAUCCGGCGCAAUGUCAAAAGUGACCACUACCACUGGCUGAUCUGCCGAUUUCGGGAUGUAGCGGUGCUUUUAAAGAGGUUUCGCGAGUUACUCCCUGUUGAAAAGGCUCGCUUCCUAGAUUCGAAUGACAUUGAGAGCGCCGUAUACCGUCUUGCGACAAGUUUUUCUACUAAAAAGGACGAGCUUUUGGCAAACUUGAAGAAACACAAUGACGACAUACAUCGCUAUCUUGAGGCAUCAAAGACAAACCCAAUAGCUGAGCCACCCUCUAGACCAUCAUUUCGCGAUCAAGACCAGUGGAAAGAGUAUCAGAAGCUUCAAAACCAAGCGCAGGGACUUUUCAAUUCGUUUCAAGAACAUUGGUCAGAUAACUGCGCAUGCUCAACCGGUCACCCUUGCGGCAUCACGACCCAGAAGCUUCAGGAAGUAGGUAAAGAACACGCCAGAAUCAUGCUUAUGUUCAAUCCUCUGAGCGACGAUCAAGGCUCACAGCUGAGACUUCGAGUUGGCGAGGAUGCUCCGCUUGGAGGAAAGCAGCCGCGCAGUCUUGCCAAAAGUAAUGGCAGUGUAAUAGCUGACGAGGAGGAUGGCCUGGACGCUCUCAGCCAACGAGUUUUUGCCAGCAACGUGCAGAGAAAAUUGAAGCCGAGACGGAAGGUAUCUAUUAAGAGCGUUUGGAGGCGGCUGUCGCAUAGAAGUCCAGGCCACAAGCCUGAAAAUGGCAAUGGGAAGCAAAAGGACUCAGAAUUACUCACAGAGAUCGACCUUUCGUCCAGCGUUUCUUCUAUGAAUUUCAGCGCUACUGUAAGCUCAAGCCAACAGAACUUGUAA